UCGAGUACAUUGUACUUCAAAAAUACCGAAUCGAAAUCAAAAUUUUUGAUCAACUACCUAAUUAAAUACCGAGUUAAAAAUUGAGAAUGUUUUGAUAAAUUACAACGGUAAUAUAGGGGGAAAAUACUUAUUUAAAAGUAAUAUAUAUAAAUGUAUGCUGCAAUUAAACAGAGCAGUAAACUAAUCAAUAUUUCAGGUAAAAGAAAUAUCGUAAAGUAUGAAACUAAAUCUUAUUGCUAGUUAAAUACAAAUUUCAUAUUCAUGAUUCACAUUCAGUGGAGCGUUUUCAUAAAAGAAAGCAAUACCAAUCUGCAGUGAGCGUUCAAAACAAAUCGUCAAUCAUGUUUGAAAAGAACACUUUUCGAAAUACAGCUUAACACAAAUGAUGCAGACAUUUAUUCUAACUUAUCUAACAUAUGAAUUUCUAUCAGGAUUUCAUACAUAUUAUGUUGAAGGCUUCGUAGUUUAUGGGUGUUUUUGGGUAGAUAAUAACAAUGGUAUGGCAGCUUUUCAAAAGAAGACUAGUGAUAAACCUACGACAGUGUCCUGCUUGGAAUUUUGCAGGAAUGUAAAUUACAAUUACGCAGCAUCAAAACUUGACGCGUCGGGUAGAUUUGAGUGCUACUGUGGAAAUGAUAUUCAAUUUACAACAAAAGUUUCUGGUUUGGAAUGUGGAUUUUCAUGUCCAGUUACCGUGACUGAUGUAUGUGGACGAAAUAAUCGAAUGGCUGUUUAUAAUAUUCAAGGCGAAUCUUUGCCCAUAGUUCUUCCUGUUCUAGAACCCGCAACAAAAAUGCCUACAUCUCAAGAACAACCUACAACAGAAGUGUCAACAUCUACAGUAAAACCAACAACAAGAGUAUCUAGAUCUUCAGUACAACCUACAACAGAAGUAUCUACAUCUACAGUACAACCUACAACAGAAGUAUCUACAUCUACAGUAGAACACACAACAUUCAUGGCUCCAUACAAAGUUGAAAGGCUAUCCACUACUAGUGCCGUGAAUGAUAUGACCAGUAUAGAUGACGAUAAAACAACAACGGUUUCAAUAGGAAGUGAAAAAACGUCACACACAACUACAUUUGUACAGUCAACUGAAAUUAGUACAAAAGUAGCUGAACUGCCAGUGUCUACUUCAAUAGAAGAAACUAUAUCUACGCACAAUACAAAGUCAGGCUUGUCAGUUUCUACAACAGCAGUCGAAACGGUAUCUUCUUCUUCAAAUUUUAAGAAUCCUAGUAUUUCUAAUCAGAUGCAAUGUACGUGCCCGUGUGCAUCAGUCAGUUCUAAGUGGAACUUUCUUGCAAAUAUGAAUAUGUCAAUUGCUGAAUUGAAAAUAUAUCUGAAUGAUUACUUAGAUGAACUUAAACAAAAUCUUACCAUCGAUAAGACGAAGACAUCAGCAUAUAUCAACACAAAAAUAUCCGCACCAGAUGAUCGAAAGUCGUCAGUUUCGAUUGGAUAUUUUGGAAUUGUUUUAGUUGGUAUCCCGAUAGCAUUCAUACUGUGCAGUGAUGCAAUGAGAUUUGCGAUGCAGAUUCAAAAACGCAAACUAUGAAAAUGUGACCAGUUAGAUUUUUUGAUGAUCAAACGAAUAUACAUUUUUUUUCUGAUUUUGGUGUCUGUGCAAUUUUUAGUAAUUUUGUUGUCAGAGGAAAUUUGUUAAUAUUUAUUUGUCAGUAUUUCAGAUCAUCCUGAAAUAGCAACAUUUACAUAUAUGAACAGA